UCUCACAAACUGAAGUUGCUCCCAUCACCAGUCAUGUACGAGCUCGUAUCAUACUAAACGAACGAUUGAGAAGUAAAAAAAGCUAGAGUAUCCAAUCCAAAACAGAUUCCACUGUUUGGAAAAAAUUGAAAAAAUUGGGAUUCUACCUAACUAAAAGCCACACCGAGAGGACAACCGAAGUGAAGCGAACAGUUCCAAUGUCGGCAUCAUCGAAAGUUGAUUGUGAAAAAGAGGCUGAUAGGAUCGAUCUGGCUUCGCUUCUAACAGAUAACAAGCGACGAGUCGAUCCUGACGCUUGGAUGGCAAUUUGCCCCGGACUCUCUAUUGAUUUAUCGACACCGAGUGCUAGUGGCAGUAUUAGUCGGAAAAAAUCUCAUGUAUGUAGCAAAAAAAGUCAAACGAAACACAAGCGGAGAAGAGAAAAGCUCAUACGCAAUGGAUAUGCUCUUGUGAAUGAUUCGUUUGAUGUCCGUAUGGUUCGAGAAGGAAUUGAAGCCCUUCACAAACAACAUCUUCCUGCGACAUUCAUUUUGCUGUUCGACGAGUCAUGGCACCUCGCUUGCCAAUCCAAGGAGGUCUUGGARAAUGCCUCCCACGAGAAAAAUGCAUUCAAUUACGACCUCCUCGCUUGGUAUAUUCCGCCGGGAAGCCCGGGGUUCAGUCCUCAUCGCGAUCGACAACCCGACGAUGCUCCUUCUACUUUUCAUUCCGACGACCAACAAGCGAAGUUUGUUACCAAUUGGAUUGCCUUGUCCGAUGCAACACCAGAAAAUUCUUGCCUUUAUGUCAUUCCAAAGCCAUUUGAUCCCGGAUAUACCAACGGUGAUAUCGAAAAAGUAGAGGAUGACAACGAAUCGAGUGAUGCUGUAGGUGGUAACCAAAUCACAAAUCCCCUGCAUAGAGCCUUGUCCACGAAAGAAUCCUUCCAACACAUCCGAUGUCUUCCUCGAAAGGCUGGCCAGUCAGUUCUUUUCACUCAUCGAAUUAUUCAUUGGGGCUCGCAGGGUGAUCCUGACUCGGGCCACGAAGACGACGAUGACGAUGGUGGUCCGAGUAGAACAUCAACCACAGCAUCAUCUCCAAGAAUUGCAAUAUCUUUCGUUGCUUCCGAUCCAGACUACGAGGCCCCUCUUCUCGUUAAUCAUUCAAAAUACUUUUCGUCCACUUCCACUACAAAUGAUGACAGCGAUACCACAGUUCGGUUUCCUCCGUUGCACAUUCGGCUGUUGUUGGUUUGUGCACAACUCCUGAUUUAUUACCAACGGUUCGAUAUAGACAAAUCCGUCAUAAAAGCGUGCUACAAUUUUUGCAAACAGCAUGAAGAGGAAUUGGAAGAAACCUACCGACGCAAAGUUUAUGUAGAAUUCGUCAAUGCUAUGAAAGAACAGAAAGCGCAAGGUGCUCUCGAAAAUCCAGACAGAAAAGAUAAGAAAAUUUUCUCGACAAAUCCAGCGACUGCGGCUCCUACUACAGCCAAAUCUACUUCCAACCUGCACGUUGAAAUUAAAGGAACGCUAGGAGAUGGAAUAAUACAGGGCGAUGAUGAUGACGACGACGACGACGACGAGGAUGCCAUGUUGGAAGAAAUGUUAAAUGCAGAAGAAGGUGGAUACGGCGAAUUUGAAGACGACUAUGAUGAGAUGGAAGGAGGCGUUGAAUUAGAAAAUGAUGAUGAAGAAGAUAGUGACGACGAGAAAGAAGGCAACUUCGAUCUUUUCGGAGGAGGAAGAGAGAUCGACGAUGUAGCGUCACCUCUGAAGAAAAAAGCCAAGACAUCUAAUACUUUAUGAACGUAGAUUGAUUUCAACAAUCGCCUAGGACCAACUGAAAAAUUUCAGUCAUUGUUGAUGGUGUUUUCCGUAGGAAUAUCGUAUGAAACUUGUUGUAAUUUGGAUCUGGACGACUUGCAUUGGUUGGGAUUACUUGUACUUGAUAGGGUCUUAGCAGGAGAGCAGCAGCCAACAAAUCAGGUUUUUGUUU